UUACAAAUUACUCGUAUAUUUUUUUUUUAAAACAUGCACAUCAGGCCGUUGAUACCAGAGCUAGCUGAGAAAGCUAGAGUAGAAUUGAAUGAAGACCCAAAACGAAUAGAAAGUGAUUUGCAGCAUAUUAAGGAGUGGCUAUCCAAGCAGUCACAUCUAAGAGCAAGAACAGAUGAUCAAUGGCUCCUAGCAUUUUUGCGUGCGUGUAAACACAGCCUUGAGAGGACUAAGGAAAAGUUGGACUUGUACUAUUCAAUGCGAACUCUCGCUCCGGAAUUUUUCUCGCUUAAAAUAACUGAGGAUGCGUUCAACCAGAUUUUGGAAUCUGGUGCUAUUGUAAUACUUCCCAAAUUAUCUUCUCCUGAUGGUGAGCGAGUUGUUAUAUACAGACCUGGUCUUAUCGACGCUGAGAAUUAUAAAAUAACCGAUUUUAUCGGAGUGUCAAACGCAAUGCAGAGGAUAUUGCUCGUGGAGGAUGACAAUACAGUUGUGUCUGGUAUACGUACCAUUAUGGAUUGGGAAGGAUUGAGUAUGUCAUUCUUUUUACAAGUAACACCGAGUCUAAUGAAGAAAAUGGCUGUUUUCUCUCAGGAUGCGUCCCCACUGCGCUUUAAAGGUGGGCACUAUGUUAAUGUCGGCGGCGGAUUUGAGAAGAUUUUCAACGCUAUGAAAGUUUUCCUUAAUGAAAAGACUAAAAGCAGGCUAUACGUUCACAACAAAAAUUUCGACGAACUUUAUAAAACAAUUCCAAAAGAAAUAUUACCAGUCGAGUACGGCGGCAAUGGAGGAACUAUUCCAGAAAUCACGGCGGCAUGGAAAAAGAAACUCCUUGAAUAUAAGGAUUGGCUCGCAGAAGAAGAGUCGUUCGGUUCAGAUGAGAGUAAGAGACCGGGAAAACCGAAGACUGCUGAGGAAAUGUUUGGAGUCGAGGGUUCUUUCAGACAGCUAGAGUUCGAUUAAAAGAAAUAUUUUUAACUUAUUGUAAAUGGUUUUUUGUAUCUUCCAUUUUUCCAAAAUUAUACUAAACAUCUUCAAUAAUAUUGUAUUCAAAAAUAUAUGUAUUUCAUUUGAA